AUGGGCCUCUACCCCUCCAAAACCGAACUCUUCCUCCCUUCCGAGACCCUCCUCCGCUGCACCCCCGACCGCUGCUGGUGCAAAGGCUCGCACCACCGCGGCGACUCCCGGUACGUGUACGUCGAGCGCGGCGGCGACGGACGGGAACGGUGGCACGACGGGUUUGAUAUGAUGUCGCAGCUGAUGAAUGGUGGAGGGGGAGGUGCUGGAGGGGGCAGUUGGCCUGCAUGGAAGGACCCGAGUCAGUGGAAUGUGCGCGAUAUGGAGCGUUUUGGGGAGUUUUUUGCUGAGUGGCAGGGGCGGGAGAUGGGGAGGAGGGCGAGGGUUCAGGGGAUGGGGAUGGGGAUGCCUGGGAUGGGGAUGUAUGGUGGGGGUGGAGGGGGUGUGGGACGGGGGGAGUUCGACCGCAUGCAAGCGGAGAUGGAGGAGAGGUUUCGGAGACUGAACGAGGAGUUUUCGAGGGGCAAUGAGGAGCGGGAUGCGUUUCUUUUUGGGAGCGAGAGGGAGAGGAGGAAGGAGAUGUUUCAGGGGAAUGUGCUCAGGAUGCUGCAGGAGAUGUGGCCGCAGUUGGCGCAGAUGGCGCAGAUGGGUGGUGCUGGUGCUGGUGGGGGUGGGGGAAUGAUGUGGAUGGGCAUGCCGAACAUGAAUAUGCCUGGGAUGGGCAUGCCGCCGCCGCCGUAUCCAGGCUUUCCUCCUGCGAUGCCGAUGGGUGGUGGGCCGAAUAUGAAUAUGGGUGGCGGUGGGAUGAAUUGGAUGGGUGGGAUGCCGAAUGGCAUGCCGCAGAUGCCUCAGAUGCCUCCUCAGAUGCCGAUGCAUAACAACAUGAUGGAUCCCGGUGCUCCUCCGCCUCGCUUCCCACAUCGAAGGAGAAGAAACUUCGCACAUGGCGAUGAGUUUGACGAGGAUGUUCAUAUGUUGAACCCGUAUGGGAAUAUGGCUGGAGGACCGCAGCCGUGGCAACGACGGAGGAGGUUUGGCGAUGAAGGGGAUUUGGGUGGCCUCGGUGGCGCGGCUUCCCCUAUGCCUCGCCGCCCUUCCGGUAGUGGCCCUCGUCCUGGUGGUGGAUGUGGCAACGAUGGACUUGCAUACGAUGACCCUGUCAGGAACGAUUACGCCGUUCCAACGUAUCGACCUCACGACCCCUUUCGCACACGGCGACAGACCUAUCGUCCCGAAGGACCUGACAGCCUCCAUCCCAACCACGUCGUCCCGCCAACCUCUCCUCGUAUAACGACCCCACUCGCCGAUCCUGUCGUCCCAAACACUCCCAUCGUCGACCCUGCUGCUGCUGCUGCUGCUGCCGACGUCCACAUCUCCCAAACAACAACGACAACCACUCACCCGACAAGACCCCAACCCGGCAUCAUCGUUGAAGAGACUCUUGCCACAGACCCCGAAAUAGGCCCUUCAACAGCACGCUACCCACAGACACCUACCGCGAGGGUAUUUGGCGUACAUAUCCGUGCUACGCCCGUGGAUCCCUUACGUCCAGGGAGUCAUCGGCCACCGCCGUAUCCGGCCGAGGGCUUUGGUGGGAGGGAGAGGCGGGAGGUGAGGUUUGAGGACCAGGAGAGGGCCAGGAGGUUGCGUGGAAGGGUGCGAGACGAGGAGGACGAUUUCGGGGAGGGGCCGGCGGGGAAUAUUUGA